GGCGUACUGAUUGGAGGCCGGGGUGUUUACCUCCUCACGGUCCCGUAUUAAAACAGCGUCCCCGUAUUUUGGUUUUUACUGGUUUUUUAACUCAAGUCGGGAACCGUAAGUGUAGCAACGUGCAUAGACAUGAAGUGGCAUGCAGUUGCAGUGGUGUCUCUGUGCCUGGGGUUAGCGGUGAGCGCCUUUCCCUCAGAGCAGCCAGAAAACGGGAAGAACUGGGUGGUCAUCGUGGCCGGCUCCAACGGCUGGUACAACUACCGACACCAGGCUGACGUCUGCCACGCGUAUCAGAUCGUCCACAAGAACGGCAUUCCUGAUGAGCAAAUCGUGGUGAUGAUGUAUGACGACCUGGCCCAGAACCCAGAUAACCCCACACCAGGGGUCAUUAUCAACAGGCCCAAUGGCUCUGAUGUCUAUAAAGGGGUGCUGAAGGACUACAUUGGUGAUGCUGUGACUCCCCAAAAUUUCCUGGCUGUCUUGAAAGGUGAUGCAGCCAGUGUGAAAGGAGGAUCUGGAAAAGUGCUGAAUAGCGGCCCCAACGAUCACGUGUUCGUGUACUUCACCGAUCACGGAGCCCCUGGCCUGCUUGCCUUCCCCAGUGACGACUUACUCGUCCAUGACCUAAUGGAUGCUAUUCAGUACAUGCGCAAUAACAACAAAUACAAGAAGAUGGUGUUCUACAUCGAGGCGUGUGAGUCUGGCUCAAUGAUGAAACCUCUGCCUGCUGAUAUCGAUGUUUAUGCCACCACCGCUGCCAACCCACGGGAGUCGUCCUACGCCUGUUACUAUGAUGAGAGCAGGGACACAUAUCUUGGGGACUGGUACAGUGUCAACUGGAUGGAGGAUUCUGACGUGGAGGACUUGAGUCAGGAAACCCUGGCUAAGCAGUUUAAGAUCGUCAAACGUCUCACCAACACCAGCCAUGUCAUGCAGUAUGGUAACAAGACUCUGUCUCACAUGAAGGUGAUCAAGUUCCAGGGUAACGCUCUGGGCGGAGCCAAGGUGGCUAAACCUGUGCCAUUGCCACCAGUUACACGGCAUGACCUCACACCCAGCCCCGAUGUCUACCUGUCUAUCCUGAAGAGGAAGCUCAUGCAAAGCAAUGACGUCGCCGUUGCGAGGGGAUACCUGAUGGAGAUCAGUGCCCACCUGAAGAUGCGUGAGCUGCUGGCAGACACCAUGCGGAAGGUGGCGGAGACGGUGGUUGGAAAAGGCUUGGAGGCUCAGCAGGUUCUGGAUGAGCGUCAGGAGAUCAGCCAAUACGAGUGCUACGCUGCCGCCCUCACACGCUUCAAAUCAAGCUGCUUCAACUGGCACAACCAAGAGCAUGAGUAUGCGCUGAGGCAUCUGUACGUGCUGGUAAACCUGUGUGAGAGAGGACAUCAGGCAACGAGGAUCAUGGAAGCCAUGGAAGAGGUCUGCAUAUAGACAUGCGCUUGCAGACACAGUGGACUCAACAAUCUCCUUGACUGGUGGAUUCGUAAUGGAUGAUCUUGCUUUUUGCACAAAGGAAUCAAAUCUGGGCAAUUUUUAAUUUUUUAAAUCAAUUUCUAUCACUUUUUUUUUUUUUUGCUUUUAUAUUUUUUAAUUCUGGAGUGAUUUGUGUGGAAGUGAAUUUGAACUGUUAAGUGAAUUUUAUUUCUUUUUGUGAAUGUGAAUAUUUUAUUACUAUGGAUUUAUAAGAAAAAAACAGGAGAAGGCAAAUGUUAAGUAACCUUCCAGGCUAAAAUGGCUGUAGCAAACACUGACUUCACUCUGUUUCACCGUGACCACUCAUUUGUACUGAUCUCUCACUCUUUAACAGAACUAUUUUAAUGGACUUUAAUGGACUAAAUCUAACCUGUUGUGCGGGUGUUUUAGCGUAGGCAUUCAACAGCGAGGGACCACUCUGACAUGAUGGAAGCUUUUCAUACAGUGGAAUUCUUGUUUUACAUCUAUUAUUGGGAGGUGUGGCUGGGCGAAGCUUCUCUAUAAUCGAUGACACUAGAGUUUUGUGUCGCCGCUGGCUGAGGUGUUGGAAACUGCAACCAUGAAGUGUGUCUGGACAUAGUGUUUUAGAGAGACAGCACGAUUGUCGGUUCUAGCCACACUCUUCCAUCUUUUUUUUUAUAUUCAGUAGUUGAAGAUGCAUGUAUGUGGUUAUAACCUCCAGGGUACUACAGCUGCACUCCUGGGCCAUGCACAAUUCAUUUUAGG